UUCAGACUGCACCUAGGAUAAAAAGCAACCUGCUCGGAGCAAUGUUGACGUGGUUGCUCGACUAGUUUGACCCGUUUUCUUUUUUCUUUUUUUUUUUACAAUAACUUCCCUGAAUCAUUCCGGGAGAAAAAUCUUCCUUCCGUGUCACGUUUUUUAUGUAUUUGAUUAUUUGUAAACUUGAACAAACUCGUGCUGAAGGAUAGGAAUUUAAACAUCGGGAAGAUGACCGCGAAUAUCUUCUGAUUGUAAACUACAUUAUUUAUUUACUGGAAAACUACUUAUUUUACCUGAAAGGAGACUGUUUGUAUGUAACAGACCUCAACACAUUUUUUGGACUGUAAAAAAAAAAAAAAAUAGAAAAAAAGGCUUUUAUAUAAUUCUACAUUUUAGUUGUUUCUAGGUAGGUUUCAUUUGCAGUGUUAGAUAGUUUUCUUUCUGGCUUUCACUAACCUGCAUCAAUAUCUGGUUCGGGGGAAUUGUGAUAUACAGACGAUACCAAGCAAUAGAGCGAGGGAGGGAGCGGAGAGAAGAGAGAGGAAGGAAAGGAGGAGAGAGGAAGGGAGGGACUGGUCAAAACAGUUACCUCAGACUACCCAAGUUCAGAAAUUCUGAGGUGCGAUUUAAGGUUAUCAAGCAUCGUACAACACGUGCCACACCACAAUGUAGGACCAGAAAAACUGACACUGAAAACCAUCUCUACUGAAACUGAAGCUGUAGUUUUUUGGUUCCUACUCUACAAUGUUGAUUUUAAUUUCCUGUUUGGCAACAAUGUUUGGUGUUUAAAAUAAUCCCCAGGGAAACUGGUCAAUUAUUUUUUGCAGAUUGAAAAAUCUUUAUAUUCACACAGAAACCCCCCUUGGCUUUGAACAACCGUGUAUUACAAAUUUGGAGGAAAACCAGAAAUAUUAUUUAUUGGAUUUAAAAACAAACAAACGCAACAGAAGUUGAAAAUUUGAACUUUUGUGACGUGGAAAACUUCCAAAACUGGAAUAUUUUGGUUCCUAAUUUACUACCAUCCAUUAACUGCCAACCUUAGAAGCUGUCCAACCGAAACUAAACCCCAAGACAUUCCUACUUUACAAACUGUCCAGUUGCACAACCUCAAAAACCAUCCCCAUUGGAACUAAACCAGAAAAGAUUGAUUCCUACUUUACAAACUGACUGAUAGUUGCACAAACGCAAAAAAAAAAAAAUCCCUACUGGAAACGAAACCCCAGAACAUUUGGUCCCUGUUUUCUGACGUGCCCAGCUGCACACCCCUGAAAACAGCCCCCAGUUUGUGUGAAGCUGGAUUGCUAGUGUGAGGGAUGUCAGUGGAGAGAACACGCAGCAUGGCCAUGGAGUUCUGUCCAGUGGGCGCCACUCCCGUGACAAGGAGGAGAGAGGAGGCGCUGUGUCAGGCCUACUACAGACUGAUCCAGCAGCAGCCAGCCAGCUUGCUCACACUGCUCAUCAUCCUGGGCUUCAGCCUGACCCUCGUUGCUGUGUUCUUCAUCUCUCAGCGGCCUGUCUCUGAUCACCUUGGCUUCGUGAUCACUGUGUUCGUUGCGCUGGGAGUGUUCAUCCUGCUGUUCUUGCUGGUGUGUGUGGAGCCCCUCUUCCAGCGCUGCCAUGCUGUCUUUUCUCUGCUGGUGUGGGGCUUCCUCAUCACCAUGGCCUUCGUGUUUGCAUUCACCGGGGGGGCGGUGCAGGCCUGGGAGCAGGUGGCGUUCUUCCUCUUCAUCACGAUCAUCGUGUACACGCUGUUGCCCCUGUGUCUGAAGUCCGCUGUGAUUGGAGGGGUCGUGACCUCGCUGGCACACAUCGUUGUGUUUAGUAUAUAUGUGCCAGUGACCAAUCACAGCGAAGAUCACCUGGAACUGCAGCUCCUCUCCAAUGUGGUGGUGUUUAUUUGUGCUAACCUGGUGGGCGUGUACCACAAGACCCUCACUGAGCGCGCUCUGCAGAACACCUGCAGGGACGGCCUCAACUUCAGCCAAUCACGAGGCAAGCUGGUGAGCGAGAAGAAACAGCAGGAGCACUUGCUGCUGUCGGUACUUCCUGCCUACAUCGCUUUAGAGAUGAAAGCUGAGAUCAUCAAGCGACUGAAAGACAAGCAGCCUGACCUGGAAUACAGCAACAACUUCCACAACCUGUAUGUGAAGCAGCACAAGCAUGUCAGUAUCCUGUAUGCAGACAUUGUUGGGUUCACGCAGUUGGCCAGCAUGUGCUCUCCUAAAGAACUGGUGCUGAUGUUGAACGAACUCUUUGGAAAAUUCGACCAGAUUGCCAAGGAGAAUGAAUGCCUGCGGAUCAAGAUUCUAGGAGACUGUUACUACUGUGUGUCUGGCCUGCCUGUGUCUCUCCCCAGCCACGCUAAAAACUGUGUCAAGAUGGGUCUGGAUAUGUGCCAUUCAAUCACUCAGCUGCGUGAAGCCACGGGUGUCAAUAUCGACAUGCGUGUCGGCGUGCAUUCCGGUAACGUUCUCUGUGGCGUGAUCGGGUUGCAGAAGUGGCAGUAUGACGUCUGGUCCAAAGACGUGACGCUAGCCAAUCACAUGGAGUCUGGAGGGCUGCCCGGGCGUGUUCAUAUCACAGAAGCAACAUAUACUCACCUGGACGGGGAGUAUGAAGUGGAGGAGGGAGAGGGGGAGACGAGAGACAGCUAUCUAACUGGGCUAAAGACCUACCUCGUCAUUGACCCACGGGUCUCUGCUCCGGUCAACGGCGAUGUCCUCCCUCCCCUUCCUCCUGAGGGGGUGAAACAGCGUGCCUCGGUCCGAAUGGCCCGGUACCUGGAGUCCUGGGGGGCGGUCAAGCCCUUUGCUCACCUGAGCCACCGAGAGAGCAUGGAGCUGGACACGCCACCGGACAUCACCGCGGUGGAAAUUCCCAUGAACAACUUAAACCAACACAGGACUACAGACAGAGCAAGAUCACAAAAACCAGAAGAGAUGAAUGAACCCAUUGAAAGUGUCCAUUCCUACAAGCACUGGGUGAAGUCUGGCGAGAUGAACCCCAUCACUCUCUAUUUUAAGGACUGGUCCAUGGAAAAAGAGUUUCGCUGGGCCCCUCUCCCUGAUUUCCACCUUUACAUGGCCUGCUCCGUCCUCAUCUUCAUUGCGGUCUUCAUCAUCCAGAUGUUCAUCUCCUACAAGAACACUGCUCUGGGAAUCUCGUACGGAGUCUCCUUCUUCAUCUUCCUGCUCCUCCUCUUCACCUGCUUUGCUGGACACCUAACGAGAUGGACACAGAAAGGUCCCAGAUUUGUCCAGUGGAUUCCUUCCAUCUCUGCAGCUGUAAUCAAGCAGCCUCUCGUCCGAGUUCCUGUACAAGUUAUUACAAUCUUACUGAUCCUCCUCAUGGCUUUACUCAACUUUUUUUUUCUGCCAGAGCCCGUUUCAACAAACUCAAACUAUCUGUACACUGUGCCAUAUUAUCUGUACUGCUGUCUGCUCAGUAUGCUAAGCUGCUCCAUCUUCCUGCGCAUGAACUUUGAACUCAAGUUGACCCUGCUGACCCUUGCCCUGGUGGUCUAUGAGGUCAUCUUCCUGUACAGCUACGGCUAUCGGUCAGACCACUACGUGUCCGAGCUGUAUACAAACUCCAGCAGGCCGGGGGUGUUGAAAGAGCCCAAAGUCAUGGCUGGAAUCUGGCUCUUUGUGUUUUUCUUCACAGUACUGGUGCUCGCCAGACAGGACGAGUUUUACUCCCGGCUGGACUUCCUGUGGAAGAGGAAGUUUGGUCAGGAGCGUGAGGAAAUCGAGACGAUGGAGAAUCUGAACCAAGUUCUUCUGGAGAACGUGUUGCCAGCCCACGUAGCCACACAGUUCAUCGGACAGAACCGACGCAAUGAGGAUCUGUACAGCCAGUCGUACGAAUGUGUCUGCGUGAUGUUCGCCUCCAUUCCUGAUUUCAAAGUGUUUUACUCAGAAAGUGAUGUGAAUCGCGAAGGACUGGAGUGCCUCAGACUUCUCAAUGAAAUAAUUUCAGACUUUGACGAGCUGUUAUCAAAGCCAAAAUUCAGUGGAGUUGAGAAGAUUAAAACUAUCUGCAGUACGUACAUGGCAGCAACUGGAUUGAAUACUGUGUCUGGAAAUAAUGAGGACACUGAUCGUAGUUAUGCCCACAUUGGUAUAAUGGUAGAAUUUGCAAUCACUUUGAUGGGCAAACUAGAUUAUAUCAACAAGCACUCCUUCAACGACUUCAAACUGAGAAUAGGUAUUAACCACGGGCCAGUAAUAGCCGGAGUGAUAGGAGCUCAGAAACCCCAGUAUGAUAUCUGGGGGAACUCUGUGAAUGUUGCCAGUCGAAUGGACAGCACUGGAGUUCUGGGGAAAAUACAGGUUACAGAAGAGACUGCUGACAUCCUGCAGUCUCUGGGAUACUCGUGUUCGCUGCGAGGAGUGAUUCAAGUCAAGGGCAAGGGAGACCUGCAGACAUACUUUGUAGAGAUGGACGCUGGCAAAACAGCAAUUCAAUUACCCUGAUAGACUUUGCAAUCUAGUCUCUUACCUCUAAUUAACAGUAGCAGCAUUAUAACUAUACCCCCCACCUGUUAAACAUACACAGCUGUAUCCUAUGAUUCUCUCAAUAAAGUUCCAUUACAGGCGAUGUGCAGAAGAUAUUAACCAUUUCACUGCCUCAUUGUUUGAACAGAUAUUUUUCACAUUUCCAUUUUACUCCAUGUUUAAAAUCAUUUGAUCUGGUUCAACAGACUUUUUGAUUAUGCAACCUGGAAUGCUUUGUUUUUGUUCACAGGAACCAGUUAGCCAUGUGAUAAUGGCACCCCCUACGGGAUUUCUCUUUAUUAAACUGAACUGUUUAGGAUUAUGUCAUUUGUAUUUUAAAUCUAUUGUUUUUGUAACUUAUUUUGUAUAGCAAGACACAUAUAUAUAUAUGCCCCCCCACACACAUGCACACUUUUUGAAGUGUAGCAAAUCGUCCCCCACCACCUUUCUGAAAGACGGGGAUAUGUUAUUUUUCAGCUUAACUCUUUUCCUUUCAAUUAUUUUUACGUAAAACCAGUUGUCAGUCUUGGUGCAGCUUGCGUGGAGUGUUUGAAACACAGACAGCCAGUUGGUCACUGGGAGCUAAUGAAGGAGAAGCAAGGAGAGCUAAUGUAUGGUUUUGAAAUACCGGUGAAGUUAGAUAAAUUAUGUCCAUGAUUUCACUGCUGUAAAUCUUAAAUAAUAUCUGUGUGACAAGAGGAUCUAUCUAUAAAAAUUGGUUGUCUGUACUGUUUGUGUAAAACAACGAAUUAAGAACAUUUUUUAAAACUGAU